AUGGCGACGGUCAACGUGGUCGUCAAGCACCAGGGCAAAAAGUACGAGAUCGAGGUCGACACCACCUCUACCGGCGAGGUCUUCAAAUACCAGCUCUACAGCCUGACCCAGGUCGAGCCCGAGCGCCAAAAGAUCCUCGUCAAGGGCGGCCAGCUCAAGGAUGACGCCGACAUGGCCAAGCUCGGCCUCAAGCCUGGCCAGGUCAUCAUGAUGAUGGGCACCCCCGGCGGCGACUCGUCGGGCACCCUCGUCCGCCCCGCCGAGAAGGUCAAGUUCGUCGAGGACAUGACCGAGGCCGAGGCCGCCCAGCAGGAAGGCGCUACUCCCGCCGGCCUGGAGAACCUGGGCAACACCUGCUACCUCAACUCGACCCUGCAGACGCUGCGCGCCAUCCCCGAGCUCCAGGACGCCCUGGCCACCUACGACCCCGCCAAGGUCCGCACGGGCUUCGGCGACCAGAUCCCCCAGCUCGACGUGACGGGCCAGCUCAAGAACCUCUACACGUACAUGGGCGAGACGCAGUCCGGCUUCGCCCCGCACGCCUUCCUCAGCGCCCUCCGGGUCUCCUUCCCCCAGUUCGCCGAGAAGUCCAAGACGGGCAACGGCUUUGCGCAGCAGGACGCCGAGGAGGUCUGGUCCCAGAUCAUCUCGCAGCUGCGGCAGAAGCUCAAGCUCAAGCGCGAGGGCAGCGGGUCCUCGUCCGACGACGCGCAGCUCUCGUUUGUCGACCGCUACAUGGCCGGCGAGUUCGAGUCGACGCUCGAGUGCGACGACAAGGAGGCCCGGGACGGCGGCGAGGAGGUCAAGCGCGAGAAGGAGCCGUUCCUCAAGCUCAACUGCCACAUCGACGCGCAGACGAACCACCUGCGGGACGGCAUCCUGGCCGGCCUGUCGGAGCAGAUCGAGAAGCGGUCGGCGGUGCUGGACCGCGACGCGCUCUUCACCAAGAAGUCCAAGAUCUCGCGCCUGCCCAAGUACCUGACGGUGCACUUUGUGCGCUUCUUCUGGAAGCGCGAGGUGCAGAAGAAGGCCAAGAUCAUGCGCAAGGUCACGUUCCCGCAGGAGCUCGACGUGGUCGAGUUCUGCACCGACGACCUCAAGAAGAUGCUGAUCCCCGUGCGCGACAAGGUGCGCGAGAUCCGCAAGGACGAGGAGGACAUUGAGCGCGCGCGCAAGCGCCGCAAGAAGAACCCGCUGCUGGACGGCGACGUCGGCGCCGCCGACGAGCCGGGCUCCUCGGGCAAGAAGCUCGAGAACAGCAGCAGCAGCAGCAGCAGCAAGAAGAAGGACGAGGCGGCCGACAAGGACAAGGCUAAGGGCAAGAAGGCAGGUGCCAGUGCCGGCGACGGCGACGGCGACACCGAGAUGACGACGGAGGUCUACAAGACGGACGCCGAGGUGGACGCCGAGAAGGACGCGGCGCUGCUCGAGGCCAAGAAGGAGCUGUUUGCGCUCAUCAGCCCGGAGCUGGCGGCCGACGAGGGCGCGAACCAGUCCGGGCUGUACGAGCUGCGGGGCGUGGUGACGCACCAGGGCGCGAGCGCCGACAGCGGCCACUACACGUCGUACAUCAAGAAGACGGGCGCCCUCGACCCGGCGACGGGCAAGCGCAAGGCCGAGGACGGCAAGUGGUGGUGGUUCAACGACGACAAGGUCUCCGAGGUGACGGUCGACAAGGUCGAGGCGCUGGCCGGGGGCGGGGAGUCGCACUCUGCGCUGAUACUGCUGUACCGGGCUAUCCCGCUGCCGUCGAAGGAGGGGGUUGUCGAGUAG